AGGCGAGGGACUAAAUAGCAAAUGUAAGUAAUUGUUACCUUGACCUAUUAAAAAUAGUAAAACGCCACCAGGAAAGUACUCUCGCCGCCGCAUUGCAUCCCUAGGGGCGCGACAAUAGUAAUCGUUGAUUGUAGUUUAUAAAGUUAGACACGACGUUUCAUUUCAGUUCCGUAGCAUUUUACUCUGCAGCAGCAGCAGCCACCACCCAUGGCGUCGUUUUCUGCCGCCGUCGCUCAGUUCUCCCGUGUUUCACCCACUCACACUCUGCUCCACUCUCACUCUCACGAUAGGCUCUUCCAUUCUCAAUGCCGCCCUUUCUUCCUCUCGCGUCCUUCCCAUUCACUCCGGAAGGGUCUUACUUUACCACGAGGAAGGGAGGCACCAAGUACCACAGUACGUGCUUCAUUUACAGAUGUUUCACCUAGUGUGUCCUUGGAGGAAAAACAACUACCCAAAGGAGAAACUUGGUCUGUUCACAAAUUUGGUGGAACUUGUGUGGGAACCUCUCAAAGAAUAAAAAAUGUUGCUGACAUAAUUCUUAAGGAUGAUUCGGAGAGGAAAUUGGUGGUUGUCUCUGCAAUGUCAAAGGUGACAGAUAUGAUGUAUGACCUUAUCCACAAGGCUCAAUCACGCGAUGAGUCUUAUAUAGCUGCAUUGGAUGCUGUUUUGGAGAAGCACAGUGCAACUGCACAUGACAUACUUGAUGGAGAUAAUCUUGCUAGUUUCUUGUCUAAAUUGCAUCAUGAUAUUAGUAACCUAAAGGCAAUGCUUCGUGCAAUAUACAUAGCUGGUCAUGCAACAGAGUCCUUUACAGAUUUUGUUGUGGGACAUGGAGAAUUAUGGUCUGCUCAGAUGUUGUCUCUAGUUAUUACGAAGAAUGGGGCUGAUUGCAAAUGGAUGGAUACAAGGGAUGUCCUUAUCGUAAAUCCUACUGGUUCUAAUCAAGUUGAUCCUGACUAUUUGGAAUCUGAGCAAAGACUUGAAAAAUGGUACUCUUUGAAUCCAUGUAAGGUAAUCAUUGCUACUGGAUUCAUUGCAAGCACACCUCAAAACAUUCCUACCACACUGAAGAGAGAUGGAAGUGACUUCUCAGCAGCAAUUAUGGGUGCUCUAUUUAAGGCUCGUCAGGUCACAAUUUGGACAGAUGUUGAUGGUGUGUAUAGUGCAGAUCCUAGAAAAGUUAGUGAGGCUGUGAUUUUGAAGACACUGUCUUAUCAAGAGGCAUGGGAAAUGUCUUAUUUUGGUGCAAAUGUCUUGCAUCCCCGCACAAUUAUUCCUGUGAUGCGAUAUGGCAUACCCAUUAUGAUAAGGAACAUUUUCAACCUUUCUGCUCCUGGAACAAAGAUCUGCCAUCCUUCUGUUAACGAUCAUGAAGAUAGGCAGAACUUGCAAAAUUUUGUCAAAGGAUUUGCAACCAUAGACAACUUGGCACUUGUAAACGUUGAGGGAACUGGAAUGGCUGGUGUUCCAGGUACUGCCAGUGCUAUUUUUGGUGCAGUAAAAGAUGUUGGAGCUAAUGUUAUCAUGAUAUCUCAGGCUAGUAGUGAGCAUUCUGUAUGCUUUGCUGUGCCCGAGAAAGAAGUAAAAGCAGUUGCUGAGACAUUGCAAUCUAGAUUUCGUCAAGCUUUGGAUAAUGGGCGUCUUUCUCAGGUUGCAGUCAUUCCAAAUUGUAGUAUUCUGGCUGCUGUUGGCCAGAAAAUGGCAAGCACUCCUGGUGUUAGUGCCUCCCUUUUCAAUGCAUUGGCUAAGGCCAAUAUAAAUGUCCGUGCUAUAGCGCAAGGUUGUUCUGAGUACAAUAUUACUGUUGUUGUUAAGCGAGAGGAUUGUAUAAAGGCUUUACGAGCUGUCCAUUCCAGAUUUUAUCUCUCAAGAACCACCAUAGCAAUGGGCAUUAUUGGACCUGGAUUAAUUGGGAGCACACUACUUGACCAGCUAAGGGAUCAGGCCUCAACCCUGAAAGAAGAAUUCAACAUUGAUUUGCGUGUAAUGGGCAUACUUGGUUCAAAGUCAAUGCUUCUUAGUGAUGUGGGCAUUGACUUAGCUAGAUGGAGAGAACUUCGAGAGGAAAGAGGAGAAGUGGCUAAUAUGGAAAAAUUUGUUCAACAUGUACAUGGAAAUCAUUUUAUACCAAACACAGCAUUAGUGGACUGCACAGCUGACUCUGUCAUUGCUGGCUAUUACUAUGACUGGUUGCGCAAAGGAAUACAUGUAGUUACUCCAAAUAAGAAGGCAAAUUCAGGACCACUUGAUCAGUAUUUGAAGUUAAGAGCUCUUCAAAGGCAAUCCUAUGCACAUUACUUCUAUGAAGCAACUGUUGGAGCUGGUCUUCCAAUUGUUAGCACUUUACGUGGCCUCCUUGAAACUGGAGACAAAAUACUGCAAAUCGAAGGCAUCUUUAGUGGGACUUUGAGUUACAUAUUUAAUAACUUCAAAGACGGCCGGGCUUUUAGUGAGGUAGUUUCUGAAGCAAAGGAAGCAGGUUAUACUGAGCCAGAUCCAAGAGAUGAUCUAUCCGGAACAGAUGUUGCCAGAAAGGUGAUAAUUCUUGCUAGGGAGUCUGGUUUAAAGCUAGAACUGUCUAAUAUUCCAGUUGAAAGCCUUGUGCCAGAACCACUACGAGCUUGUGCAUCAGCUCAGGAGUUUAUGCAAGAGCUACCAAAAUUUGAUCAGGAGUUCACAAAGAAACAAGAAGAUGCUGAGAAUGCUGGGGAAGUCUUGAGAUACGUGGGAGUGGUGGACGUGACUAAUGAAAAAGGAGUGGUAGAGCUGCGAAGAUACAAGAAGGAUCAUCCGUUUGCACAAUUGUCUGGGUCAGAUAACAUUAUUGCAUUUACAACACGAAGGUAUAAGGAUCAGCCUCUGAUAGUUCGUGGGCCAGGAGCUGGUGCUCAAGUCACAGCUGGUGGAAUAUUUAGUGAUAUUUUACGACUUGCCUCAUAUCUUGGUGCUCCAUCAUAACGCAUAAUUUUCUGCAUGUUUGGUUUCACAUCCACCGCUCCGUAACACAUUAUCUGAAGUUGCUUUUAUGUCCAAAACGUGAAUUUUGAUCGAAACGUAUGAUGUCCAUGGAUAUCCAAAAACAUGCAAAUUUGUAUCAUCAAUUUAUUUAUCUUGAUUUUCUUCUUAGGUUAUUUGCUGCUUAUAACGUUGUAAUGUAAGCUUGUUUCUCUUAUCUUUUGUCUGGAAGAAUAAUAAGGGAAUGGAACAGAACUCCAUUUACCUUUUUUGAGUUAUAUUGUAAAGGAACGGAAGUAAAUAGAAUUAUUAUAAUUUUCAACUUCA